AGGUUGGUGCGUGUAGAAGAGCUGACACCAUCCCUAGCCGGGGAGACAGUGUGGGUUCGAGCCAGGAUGCACACCAGCAGGGCAAAAGGAAAACAGUGCUUCCUUGUGCUACGACAACAACAGUUUAACGUGCAGGCUCUGGUGUUUGUCAACGACAAAACUGUCAGCAAGCAGAUGGUCAAGUUUGCCGCCAACAUCACAAAGGAGAGUAUCAUAGAUGUGGAGGGGGUUGUCCAGAAAGUGGCACAGCCUGUGGAGAGCUGCACACAGAGGGACGUGGAGCUGCAUGUGGAAAGGGUGUUUGUGGUGAGUGCCUCCGCUCCACAGCUACCCUUACAGCUGGAUGAUGCAGCCAGACCAGAACAUGACGAGGAGGAUGCCAGUCGACCUCGUGUGAACCAGGAUACUAGGCUGGACAACAGGAUCAUCGAUCUCAGGACCACCACAAACCAGGCAGUGUACCGGGUAGUGGCAGGCGUGUGCGACUUGUUCAGGGCAACUCUGACAGGAAAGGGCUUUGUGGAGAUCCACACACCCAAGAUCAUCUCAGCGGCCAGCGAGGGUGGCGCUAAUGUGUUCACCGUGUCGUACUUUAAGAACAAUGCGUACCUGGCCCAGUCCCCACAGCUGUACAAGCAGAUGGCCAUCGCUGCUGACUUCGAGAAGGUCUUCACUGUUGGUGCUGUGUUCCGUGCGGAAGACUCGAACACCCACCGUCACCUGACGGAGUUUGUGGGUCUGGAUCUGGAGAUGGCGUUUAACUACCACUAUCACGAGGUGCUGGACGUCAUCGGGGACAUGUUCGUGUGCAUCUUCAAGGGGCUCAGGGACAGGUAUAAGACAGAAAUCAACACCAUCCAGAAACAGUUCCCGAGCGAGCCCUUCAGGUUCCUGGAGCCCAGCCUGAGACUGGAGUUCCCUGAGGCUGUGGCCAUGCUCAGGGAGGCUGGGGUGGAGAUCGGGGAUGAAGACGACCUCAGCACUCCUGAUGAGAAGCUGUUAGGAAAGUUGGUGAAAGCCAAGUAUGACACCGACUUCUUCAUCCUGGACAAGUUCCCCCUGGCUGUGCGGCCCUUCUACACCAUGCCUGAUCCAAACAACCCUAAAUAUGCCAACUCUUACGACAUGUACAUGAGGGGGGAGGAGAUCCUGUCUGGAGCCCAGCGAAUCCACGACCCGGAGUUCCUCACAGAACGGGCAAAGGCUCACGAGAUCGACAUUGAGAAGAUCAAGUCUUACAUCGACUCCUUCCGCUAUGGGUGUCCACCCCAUGGGGGAGGUGGGAUCGGGAUGGAGAGGGUGGUCAUGUUGUACCUCGGACUCAACAAUAUCAGGAAAACCUCCAUGUUCCCACGUGACCCCAAACGGUUGACCCCUUAAUCUCCAUAGCAACCACAAACACAAACUUCUCGAACUUCAUGUUUCCUUGCAUGGACCAAGAGUAAGAGUAAAAGUUUCAAUGAUGGAGUUGUGAAAUGAAGAAGAAAAGGAAAAUGCACAGACCAAAUGGUAGAGAGAUAGAGGAAUGCUGAUGAAAUGGUUGAAAAUCCAUCUCAAUGUUUCUUUGGGGAGACUUUUAUAAGAUGGAAAUAAUGUAAUAAGUAAACAAAAUUUGACA